AUGAAUGUCUCACUGACGAUUGAUGUCUCACUGACGAUUGAUGUCCCACUGACGAUUAAUGUCUAUCUGACGAUUGAUGUCUCACUGACGACUGAUGUCUCACUGACGAUAGAUGUCCCACUUACAAUUGAUGUCUCACUGGUGAUUGAUGUCUCAUUGUCGAUUGAUGUCUCACUGACGAUUGAUGUCCCAUUGACGAUAUAUGUCCCACUGACUAUUGAUGUCUCACUGACGAUUGAUGUCCCACUGACGACUGAUGUCUCACUGACGAUUGAUGUCUAUCUGACGAUUGAUGUAUCACAGACCAUUGAUGUCUUACUGACGAUUGAUGUCUCACUGUCGAUUGAUGACCCACUGACAAAUGAUGUCUUACCGACGAUUGAUGCCAUACUGACGACUUAUGUCCUACUGCCGAUUGAUGUCUCACUGAUGAUUGAUGUCCCACUGACGAUUGAUGUCCCACUGACGAUUGAUGUCCCACUGACGAUUGAUGUCUCACUGACGAUUGAUGUCUCACUGACGAUUGAUGUCUCACUGACGAUUGAUGUCUAUCUGACGAUUGAUGUCUCACUGACGAUAGAUGUCCCACUUACAAUUGAUGUAUCACUGGUGAUUGAUGUCUCACUGUCGAUUGAUGUCUCACUGACGAUUGAUGUCCCAUUGACGAUAUAUGUCCCACUGACUAUUGAUGUCUCACUGACGAUUGAUGUCCCACUGACUACUGAUGUCUCACUGACGAUUGAUGUCUCACUGAAGAUUGAUGUCUAUCUGACGAUUGAUGUCCCACUGACGAUUGAUGUCUCACUGACGAUUGAUGUCCCACUGACGAUUGAUGUCUCACUGACGAUUGAUGUCCCACUGACGACUGAUGUCCCACUGACUAUUGAUGUCUCACUGACGAUUGAUGUCCCACUGACGACUGAUGUCUCACUGACGAUUGAUGUCUAUCUGACGAUUGAUGUCCACCUGACGAUUGAUGUCUCACUGACUACUGAUAUCUCACUGACGAUUGAUGUCCCACUGAAGACUGAUAUCUCACUGACGAUUGAUGUCCCAUUGACAACUGAUAUCUCACUGACGAUUGAUGUCCCACUGAAGACUGAUAUCUCACUGACGAUUGAUGUCCCAUUAACAACUGAUAUCUCAUUGACGAUAGAUGUCCCACUGACGACUGAUAUCUCACUGACGAUUGAUGUCCCACUGACGACUGAUAACUCAUUGACGAUAGAUGUCCCACUGAAGACUGAUAUCUCACUGACGAUUGAUGUCCCACUGACGACUGAUGUCUCAUUGUUGAUUGAUGUCCCAUUGAUGAUUGAUGUCUCAAUGUUGAUUGAUGUCCAACUGACGAUUGAUGUCUUACUGACGACUGAUGUCCCACUGAUGACUAAUGUCAAAUGGCGACUGAUAUCUCACUGA